GUGUGGACACAGUGGACAAAACAGCAGACAACGAACAGUACUGACCCACCAGAGUACCAUUUUUGUUUUUUGCUGUUUUUUUAAAUAUUCCAUUAGUGAUGUAUCCUGUUCCAGCGCUAAUGGAGCUUAUUCGCUAACACUGUUUGGAUGCAGAGGACAACACAUUGGAUGUUGGUGAACUCAUAAAAUUUUGGUUUCACUCUGAAGAAUGGAAGAUCUCUACAUUAACAACUCCUCACUGGCCAACACCUAUAAUUACAGCAACGUCACCUCCAACAAUGAGGAUAAUAACAACGCUGUAUUCAUCAAAAAUGUGUUGACAUGCAUAAUCAUUGGUGUCGGCGUUCCUUUGACCCUCGUGGCCAUCUAUGCUCUUUAUUCUCAGGUGCGAAAUGAUCAUGUUGCUCCGAUCUACGUCAUCAACCUCCUCAUUUCUGACCUCAUUCAGCUCUGCUGCUUGAUCGUUCGAGUGGCAUCACCUGAGGAUCAGGAGAAACUUGAAAUUAUAGUUUUAGUUUACCUCUCUGGUCUGGGGGCCAGUGUUUGCUUCAUGGUGUGCGUCGCCCUGGAAAGGUAUUUGGUCAUCGCCUUCCCGCUGUGGUACCGCUUCAGACGAACCAUCAAGACCUCUGUGGUGGUCUGUGUCGUGGUCUGGGUCAUUUCUUUUUUUACUUAG